AUGGCAGACUUCGCGCUUGGGUUAGCCAAGACGGCGGUGGAGGGGACCCUGAGCAGGGUCCAAUCCGCGAUCGAUGAAGAGAACACGCUGCAGGCGGCGGCGCAGCAAGACCUGGUAUUCAUCACUGGGGAAUUCCAGAUGAUGCAGUCCUUUUUGAAAGUCGCCAGCAAGGAGCGUGUUGGAAAUGAAGUGGUGAAGACCUGGGUGCGGCAGCUCCGUGACCUGGCCUUCGAUGUUGAAGACUGCGUCGAGUUCGUUAUCCACCUGGAUAAUGACUCGACCUGGAACUGGGUGUGGCGCAUGGUACCAUCCUGCAUGGCACCACCUCGGAGUCGUGACCUCGACGACGCGGUGACUGAGUUGAAGCAACUCAAGGCCAGGGUCGAGGAGGUGAGCCAGAGGAACACCCGCUACAAUCUCAUCAGCGACUCCGGCUCCAAUCACGUCUCACAGCCACCGGCGGUGCAGCUGGCCACCACCAGCCCAUCAACAAUGGACAUUCUGAUGGAGCUAUGGGAGGCCAAUGGGAAGCACCGUGGUGUUUGCAACCUACAAAAGUUAAUAACCAACGAGGGCAAUGACCUUCAGGUAAUAUCUUUGUGGGGAAGUGAAGUAUCUGAUAUUGAGGUGGCGCAGAUUAUCAAAAAGGCUUAUUGCAACCCCGAAAUCUGCCACAUAUUCAGAAGUCGUGCCUGGGUAAAGCUGAUGCAUCCAUUUAACGCAGACAAGUUUCGCAAGAACUUGCAGACUCAGUUACAAGCCAGCUCUCCGUCUUGCACAGCUGUCGAUUUCAAUGGCAAGAUUUCAAAAGAAGAUCUGAUGAAGCGGUUGACUCGGCAGAGAUAUCUGGUCAUCCUUGAAGGAAUAUCCAGUGUUGUGGAAUGGGAUAUCAUCAGAACGUACCUGCCAGACAAUAAGAAUGGCAGCCGGAUCGUUGUGUCCACGAAGCAGCUAGGGGAUGCAAUUUAUUUCACGGGGGGGCAAUACCGAGUAUCAGUGCUCAGAGAGUUCAUUGGUGGUCAUUAUCUUUGUGCAUUUUUUAAGAAGGGUUCAGGGCGUCGAAAUUUCAUGGGCAACCUUAUUGGGCUACUAAGUCGUCCUGGUGUGAUCUCUGUUUGGGGGGCUGGUGAUGACAAAUCAACUCUUGUCAAAGAACUGUUCGACUUCAUACCGAAUGGGAAUGAAAAAAUAUUAAACUCUCAAGCGGCAGAAGGUAUGUUCUACGUAUGGGUUGAUGUGGCCCAUCGAUUCAUUUUGGAGGACUUUUUCCUGAGCUUGUUGCGGUCGUUCUGUAAGGAUGAUACCGAAUCUAACAAGUAUGCGGAGGCAGAGUCACAUCUUCAUUGGGUUAUUUAUGAUAAAAAAAUCCGCCAGUGCCUGGUAGUUAUUAACGGUCUUCAGUCCACCAAGGAGUGGCAGUUGAUAAAAAGUGCAUUAGAAAAUAUGCAUAUUAAUAUUUAUAUCAUUGUCAUAACGAAUCAUGAAAGUGUGGCCACAAGCUGUGUAGCUAAUGGGAAUCGUGUGCUCAACGUCAACAACCUGGCCCUUCGUCCUUCCAUGCAGGUAUGCCAACUCCAAUAACCUUAUUUAUCCUUUACUGUCCUCGUGUAGUCUGCCUGCCAGUUUAUCUUUGUACCUAUUUUUAUCUUAGGUAAAAAAAUUAAAUCACAUUAUGACCAGUGUUUGAUGUUGUUGUUCUCAUGGCUCUGUGGCCUUAUCUCAUCUAAACAACUUUGGUGUACCAUCCGAGAAGUUUGUAGUGUCACCUAUUCUUAUAUGCAAGAUUUCA